AUGGGCCUCAAACGGCUUAUCGUGCGCCGGGGCCAGCCCUUCAUGCUCCAGCUGCAUUUCAACCGACCCUUCCACUGGGGGACCGACCGCAUUACCUUCACAGCUGAGACUGGGCCAGCACCCAUGGAGCUGUCAGGAACCCGAGCCACCUUCCCACUCACCCAGGCCCAACAAGGGGAUGCCUGGAGUGCUUCUGACUUCACCAUGGACUCCAACUCACUCUCUGUCUCCCUUUUCACACCAUCCAAUGCCGUCAUUGGACCCUACACUCUGAAGAUAGAGAUCUCUCAAGGCCAGGGUUACAACGUGACUCACCCCCUGGGGACUUUCAUCCUGCUUUUUAACCCUUGGAGCACAGAAGAUGAUGUCUACCUGCCAAGUGAAAUACUGCUGCAGGAGUAUAUCAUGAUGGACUAUGGCUUUGUGUACAAGGGUCAAGAGAGAUUCAUCACCUCCUGGCCCUGGAACUAUGGGCAGUUUGAAGAGGACAUCAUAGAUAUCUGCUUUGAGAUCCUGAACAAGAGCCUGUAUUUCUUAGAGAACCCAUCCAAAGACUACUCCCAGAGGAAUGACGUGGUGUACAUCUGCAGGGUGGUGAGCGCCAUGGUAAGGACAGAGCUUCCACGCCCCUGUCAGAGGGUGGUCUGGGCUUCCCGUAGGCCCUGUGGAAACCCACCCAUCUGUCCUUUGCAGAUCAACAGCAACGAUGACAACGGUGUGCUGCAGGGGAACUGGGGAGAGGACUACUCCUUGGGGGUCAGCCCGCUGGAGUGGAAUGGCAGCGUGGCCAUCCUGCGGCAGUGGUCAGCCAGGGGCGGGCAGCCUGUGAAAUAUGGACAGUGCUGGGUCUUUGCGGGUGUUAUGUGCACAGUAAUGAGAUGUUUAGGUGUUCCAACCCGUGUUGUUUCCAAUUUCCGUUCUGCACACAACGUGGAUGGGAACUUAACUAUAGAUACCUACUAUGACCGAAAUGCAGAAAUGCUGUCAACUCUGAAACGAGACAAAAUAUGGAAUUUCCAUGUCUGGAAUGAAUGCUGGAUGAUCCGGAAAGAUCUCCCACCAGGAUACAACGGGUGGCAGGUUCUGGAUCCCACUCCCCAGGAAACCAGCAGUGGGCUGUUCUGCUGUGGUCCUGCCUCUGUGAAGGCCAUCAGGGAAGGGGAGGUCCACCUGCCCUAUGACACCCCAUUUGUGUACGCUGAGGUGAAUGCCGAUGAAGUCAUUUGGCUCUUUGGGGAUGGCCAGGCCCAGGAAAUCCUGGCCCAUAACACCAGUUCCAUUGGGAAUAACAUCAGCACCAAGAUGGUAGGAUCAGCCCAGAACCAGAACAUCACCAGCUUCUACAAGUACCCAGAAGGAUCCCCUGAGGAGCGGUCUGUGUUCAUGAAGGCAUCCAGGAAAAUGCUGGGCUCAAGAAGGGCCUCUUCACACUUCCUGGAUCUGCUGGGGUCCGAGGGCUUUCGGGAUCAGCCAGCACAGCUGCAGCUUCACCUGGCCAGGACACCGGAGUGGGGCCAGGACCUGCUGCUAAAGCUGCAUGCCAAGAGGGUGCCAAACAGAGCCCAUCCCCAGGGUCCCAUCAGACUGGAGGUGCGCUUCUGCGCACAGGCCUUGCUACACAAGGGUGGAACACGGAAGCCCUUCUGGAGGCAAAUAGUGCACUUGAACCUGGACUUUGGGGAGGAGAUACAGUGGCCGCUCUUGCUACCUUACAACAAUUACAGAAACAAGCUGACAGAUGAAAAGCUGAUACGCGUUUCUGGCAUCGCUGAGGUGGAGGGGACGGGGAGGUCCAUACUGGUCCUAAAAGACAUCUCUCUGGAGCCUCCCCACUUAUCUAUUGAGGUCUCUGAGAGGGCUGAGGUGGGCAAAGCACUAAGAGUCCACAUCACCCUCACCAACACCCGAACAGUGGCUCUGAGUCACUGCACAAUGGUGCUAGAGGGAAGUGGCCUCAUCCAUGGGCAGUUAUCAAAUGACCUUGGAACUCUGGUGGCUGGAUACAGCAUCCAAAUUCAACUGGACCUCUAUCCCUUCAAAGCUGGACCCCGCCAGCUGCAAGUCCUCAUCAGCAGCAACGAAGUCAAGGAGAUCAAGGGUUACAAGGACAUCUUCGUAGCUGCAGCCAGGGCUUCUUGA